AUUUUCCCCCAUAUUAGCUCCCAUCAUAAUUUUUGUCCAAUCUCACAAAUCUUGGUGAACAAGAGCUUGAGCCACCACAUGCACUGCGCGAAAACCAUCGGAUCUUCGCUGUUACCAUCACAAUCAGAAGAGAUCAAUAAUCAGAAGGUGUUGAAGAUCAAUUCAAUUGAGCAUGAGCCACCAUUUCCACCGCCCGAAAGUGGUGGGAUCUCCGGCAUUCUCAACCUCAUAUUCUCUCUCCUCUGUAUUCAGGAUUGGCCGGCACUCUAUGAUAAAGCAAACUCUCUUCACCGUUUCCUUAAUCGUAGCUCUUUACCUCUUAUUCAACACCUUCUUUCUCUCUCCAAUCAAUACUAACACCAACAUCAUCACCAAUACCUCCGAAGAUCAUGGUAACAAGGUUAAAAUCUACAUGUACGAUUUACCAAGGGUGUUCACCUACGGUGUGAUUGAGAGCUAUGCAAUGAGUCGAGGAGGAGGGAUCGUUUCAGAUGACUCGCAGCUCAAGUACCCUGGACAUCAGCACUCGGCGGAGUGGUACUUGUUUUCCGACCUUGUUAACAAUAAGGCAGCUGCUAUUAUAAGAGUAUUUGAUCCUGAAGAGGCGGAUUUGUUUUACGUGCCGUUUUUCUCAUCAUUAAGCUUGGUGGUGAACCCAGUUAGGGGUAGUGGCAAUAGUUUGUUGUAUAGUGAUGAGAAGAUGCAGGAGAAUAUGAUUGAUUGGUUGGAAAAGCAAGUGUAUUGGAAGAGGAAUAAUGGGUGGGAUCAUGUGUUUAUAUGCCAAGAUCCUAAUGCUUUGUAUAAAGUUAUUCAUAAGAUUAAGAAUGGGAUUCUUCUUCUUUCUGAUUUUGGGAGGUUGAAGCCUAAUCAGGCUUCUCUUGUUAAGGAUAUCAUCUUGCCUUAUUUUCAUAGAAUCAAUCCUUAUAAGGGAGAUAUAGGUGUCCAAAAUCGCAAUUCUUUGCUCUUUUUCAUGGGUAAUCGCUACAGGAAAGAGGGUGGAAAGAUUCGGGAUAUGCUGUUUGAAAUUCUCGAGAAUGAAAGUGAUGUGGUCAUGAAACAUGGUGCACAGUCACGAGAGAGUAGACGUGCAGCCAUGCAAGGAAUGCACACAUCAAAGUUCUGUUUGCAUCCUGCAGGCGAUACUCCAUCUGCAUGUCGGCUAUUUGAUGCCAUCGUAAGCCUGUGCAUUCCAGUUAUAAUCAGUGACCAUAUUGAAUUGCCUUUUGAAGAUGUCAUAGACUACAAGAAAAUUGCAAUAUUUGUAGAUACAGCCUCAUCAGUGAAGCAUGGCUUUCUAGUUAACCUUCUAAGGACUAUUACUGAACUUAGAAUUCUGGAAUACCAGCAGGAGAUGAAGAAGGUCAAGCAUUAUUUUGAAUACGAGGAUCCCAAUGGAACAGUGAAUGAAAUCUGGCGUCAAGUUAGUUUGAAGGUUCCCCUGGUUAAGCUGAUGAUCAAUCGAGACAAACGGCUUGUAAGAAGGGAGUUAUCUCAACCUGACUGCUCUUGUAUUUGUUCAAACCAGACAGGCAUCUCCUCCACUAUCUAGAGUUAUUGCUCUGAAAUACUUGUCAAAUGUCUGCCCCUUCGCUGCUAACAGAGGGUUGUUUGUGGAAAAUCUCAAGCUGAAAGGACUGCAGCUCUAACAUUUUCCAUGAAAGCAGACACACGAAGCCACACAUCCGCUCCACAGUGCAUAACUGCACUGUAGCUGCUUGAGAGAUUGGCUGUGGAUUUGUGUUCAUGUUGUCGUGUAACUCACAUUAUAAAGUUAACUCGCAUGGAUACUAUUGCUUUCGUGGUGAUUGUUGAGUUGAACAUAGAAUAGGUUAUCGCAAGGAAAUUCGAGAUAAAUUUAGUAUUGUAAUUAUAUUCUUUUUUGCAGAAUAUCCAUGGACUUUUUCCGCUUAUAAAUUUGAUAUACAUGUAAAUGACAAUUUCGUUGGGAAUACCAUUUAGACUAUUCUUUUCUAAACCUA